UGCUGCCUGGAUUCCGUUUCGGACGUGUUUACAUUUAAUAAAGCAUCCUAGCUAAUCAUAGUUGAUAUAACCACAGUACUUACAUUGAGGGUUAAUUAAACGUAUUUAAUUUAACUCUGACACUCCAACCUAGCCCAUUGAUAGUAUACGCGGGUAGCAAAUGAAGUAUCUGGUUAUGUUAGCUAGCUACUGUAGCUAGAUAGGAGUUUUCAAGACCAAGGACAAGGUUCAGCCAGGUAAGGCUGUGGUGACAAAAGGAGAUGGUCAUUCACGCUGAGCUGCGGUCAUCGCGGCGAUCCAAUGUGUAACCUAGCUAGCUAUGGUUAGCUUCCGCGGUGAGUUUAUUGCACAACGUACUAGACUAGUAUGUUCUAUACACCUAAUCAAGCUACGUACGUAUUUGAAUUUGGAGAUGUGAAUGUGUUGAUGUCGAUGUGUUUUCUAAAGCUAACUUGUCUUGCAGUGUGUACUUGACCAUUAGAUAUUUAUAUUAUUAUAGCUACAUCGAUAACUGCAGCCACGGUGCAAUAUAUUCUCUGUUAAAUAUUUUGUCAUAUCUAGCACGGUCAAUACACGGCCAGGAAAGUGUAGCACAAACCAAGGUAUUUCUUGUGUAUUGCAUCCCAAACAUUUAUCUUAUACCUGCAUGUUAUUAGUUAUUCAUGCAGCCUGUCUCACCCAAUCUCUCUGCUCAGUUCAAUUCAUAGAAUGAGUCCAGUCAAAGAUGACUUUCAGGACAUCAGUCCGGUCACACUACGACUUUCAGAGAACACUGUCACCUCGAGCCUGUACUGUGCCACUGCUAAGGGGCUGGACCCCCGGGUAACCUCCCUAGUUGAGUCCUUCCUGGUCGAAGUCUACCGCUGCAGGGCUUGCCAGUACAGCAGCAGCCUAAAAGUCAGUGUCCACACGCACAUACUGGAAAGACAUGACUCCCGCGCCGGCCUGCCCUGCCUUGAGAAGGACGAUGCCCUGGGGAUGGAGGUCGGGACGAGAGGUGACAGAGAAAACGACCACGGCGAUGAACUGGACCCGAAUGGUUAUCACCUGGAGGAUCAUCUCCACUCCAGCUCAAAGGAUGCUGAUGAAGACCAGAUGGAUCACAUGGGCUUGGAGCGCUUGUCCUUCCUGCUGCCCAUGUAUGGCAUGCUGCCCAACAUCAGUCCCCGGUCAUGUGACAUGGCUCUGAGCGCCAACUCGGACGCUAGCCUCCAGAUCGCGCAGUCCUGUGAGGUGAGCACGUUGUUUGAGGAGGAGAGACACGGAGCUGCGGAUGAAGAGGAGAGUGUGUUCCGAUUGGACGCGGCCGGCUCUGUCAACCUGUCCUGUCCAAUGGGAUCAAUGGCGGCGACGGAGCCAGAGGCUAAGGAUGAGGAAAUGGCCCAGUCAGCUCACCUCAUGACCCUGGGUCUCUGUCGUAUCUCCACUGCCAAAAAAGGCCCGUCAGGCAGAGCCGGUACCCAUGUUCCAUCGACUCCGGUCGGGCAAGAGGGCUUGGAGUCCGACACCUCGCUCGAUGAAAAGAUGGAUGACAAAAUAUCCCAGCGCCAGGGGCAGCAAUCUGCUCCUCCCGGUGGCUCUAAGCAGCGAUGGUCACUCUCCUGUGUUCUCUGCCGCGCCACCCUGGCCUCCAAGCACCUGCUUGAGAUCCACCUGAAAUGCCACGACGGGGCCCGGGCCUUCAAAUGCCUCCAGUGCGGCUGGACGUCAGCCGGCUGGGGUGAGAUGGAGCGCCACUGGCGGGCCCACGGUAAGAGGCGGAGGCGAGUGGACCGGGACAGAGGCUCCAGGCCUCACAGCUGCCGGGUUUGUCCCCGGAGGUUUCGGAGCGCCAGGUCCCGGGAUGCCCACGAGCGGCGGUACCACAGCCAGCGGCAAGAAUGCUUCACCUGCUUGCACUGUGACUACAGUGAUAAGUCAUGGGACAGGUUGCACAAACAUAUUCUGUCGGAGCACAGAACCUUCCGGGUCCGGCUGACCGACACGGAUGGACGUGGCGCCCGUGUGGCACCUGCUUCGAGGAACUUGACCCACGAAGGCUUGUAUCCACCAGACCUAGAGGGAGGGAAGCCAGAGAAUUGGUGCCAUGCCAGGAAGAAGAAGGAGAAGAAGAGGAGGCCGAAACGGACAAAUGGCAGAAUCGAUGAAGAGGAGAGAGGCGAGGACCUGGGGCAGAAAAAGGAGGAGUCUGUGAGGAGGAGAGGAAUUAAGGAGUUCUGCUGCGCCCUCUGCAACAGGAAGUUCUCCACCAGGCUGACGAUGAGGCGCCACAUGGGGAUCCAUCAGGAGGACAAGCCCUUCGAGUGUCCCCACUGCCAGUACAGCACCCGGCUCAAGGCCUCACUAGUACAACACCUCAGAGUCCAUACAGGUGAGAAGCCCUUCAAAUGCCCUCAGUGUCCCUACGCCUCAAUCGACAGCAGCUCCCUGCGCCGACACUCCCGCACACACACACAGGAGAGGCCCUACUGCUGUCCAUACUGUCCCUACAGCAGCAUCCAGAAAAAGAGCUUGGACCUCCACGCCCGACGCCACCACACGGGCGAGUCCUUCCCCUGUCACCUCUGCCCAUACACCACCCCGGACCGCCAGCUGCUACUGCGCCACGUACGCAAGCACCACGCCUCUGAAACAACCCCCCCUGUUGGGACCAAGGGCAUCCAAAUGCCCAGAAUCCUCUCUGAAGGAAACAUCCCACAAUCCUGAAAAAUUGCUUUUUUUCCCCCUCAGGCACUGAAUGAAACUGACUGAAAUACAGAGAGAGGAGUUGGACUCAUCAAGACUAGUUUUAGUUGCCUAAUAAACACGACCCUCAUGAAUGGAAGUAGUUUUUAACAAAUUAGCCGUAUAUUUUAGAACACCUCACAGUAAAAACCUAUGCAUUUUCUGAGAAGGUUAUGAGGUUUCGGUCUGAAAGAAGAUUCUUUCAGAUCUAUUCCCAUUUCCUCUUUUGCUUACAACAGACAAGUGUUUUUUGUUAUAAACCCGGAAUUUAACCAAACACUUUAUUUAGAAAAUAAAAUGUCAUACUUUUCAUAA